AAAUCCAAUCCACCCAUUCGUACCGUGCCCUAAUAUUUCUACUACCUCUCUGUUUUUCCCUCAUUCCGCAGAUAUUCAGAAUCAUUCUCUAUUUGUAGUUGGUUGCUUUCGUUUCAAUUAUACUCAAACACAGAAACGCAUACCUCGACGUCGUGACAGAGAAUGGGAGUUCCGGCGUUCUACCGGUGGCUAGCGGAGAAGUAUCCGAUGGUUGUGGUGGAUGUAAUUGAAGAAGAGGCUGUUGAAAUUGAAGGUGUUAAGAUUCCUGUUGAUACUUCUAAACCUAAUCCCAAUCAACUUGAAUAUGAUAAUUUGUAUCUCGAUAUGAAUGGAAUUAUUCACCCUUGUUUUCAUCCUGAGGACCGCCCUUCUCCAACCUCCUUCACCGAGGUGUUUCAGUGUAUGUUUGAUUACAUCGAUAGGCUUUUCGUGAUGGUGCGUCCUCGAAAGCUGCUUUACAUGGCUAUCGAUGGUGUUGCCCCAAGGGCAAAAAUGAACCAGCAACGAUCUAGGCGGUUUAGAGCAGCCAAAGAUGCAGCAGAUGCGGCAGCUGAAGAGGAAAGGUUGCGUGAGGAAUUUGAGAAGGCAGGCAGAAAGCUUCCCCCAAAACAGGAGUCUCAAGUCUGUGAUUCUAAUGUUAUAACUCCUGGAACUGAGUUUAUGGCAGUUUUGUCAGUUGCUCUACAGUAUUAUAUCCAUCUUAGAAUUAACAAUGACCCUGGAUGGAAAUCUGUGAAGGUAAUACUUUCUGAUGCAAAUGUUCCUGGUGAAGGGGAACACAAAAUUAUGUCCUACAUUCGACUGCAGAGAAACCUUCCUGGUUUUGAUCCAAAUACACGGCACUGCCUGUAUGGUUUGGAUGCUGAUCUCAUCAUGCUGGCUUUGGCUACCCAUGAGAUUCAUUUUUCAAUUCUCAGGGAGGUUGUAUUCACUCCGGGACAGCAAAACAAGUGUUUUCUUUGCGGUCAAAUGGGCCACAUGGCCGCAGAAUGUGAAGGAAAGGCCAAAAGGAAGAAUGGGGAGUUUGACGAGAAAUGUGAAAUUGUUCCCAAAAAACCAUACCAGUUUCUCCACAUUUGGACUCUUAGGGAGUACUUGGAGCUUGAGAUGAGGAUUCCUAAUAUUCCUUUCACAAUUGAUUUUGAGCGCAUCGUUGAUGAUUUCAUCUUCAUGUGUUUCUUUGUGGGCAAUGAUUUUUUACCACAUAUGCCUACAUUGGAGAUCCGUGAGGGUGCAAUCAAUCUGCUUUUGGCUGUUUACAAGAAGGAAUUUCGAGCUUUAGGUGGUUAUCUGACCGAUGGAAGCAAGCCAAACUUGAGCAGGGUAGAGCAUUUCAUUCAAGCUGUGGGAUCAUACGAGGACAAGAUUUUUAGUAAAAGAGCUCGGUUGCAUCAGCGUCAAGCUGAGAGAGUCAAGCGUGAUAAAGCUCAAUUGAAGAGAGGAGAUGAUGCCGAGCCACAAAUUAAACCUGAUAUGGUACCAGUUGCCAGAUUUCAUGGUUCUCGUCUUGCCUCAGGUCAUGCACCAUCACCAUAUCAACAUACACAAUCCGCCAACCAGAGAGCCCCAAAAGUUGCACGGCUGUCUUCUGAGGCCACUAUUGGUGCUGCUCUUGUCGAAGCUGAGAAUAAUCUUGAAAAUGAGGCAUCUGACAACAAAGAGGAAUUAAAAACAAAGUUAAAGGGGAUACUUCGUGAAAAAUCUGAUGCUUUCAACUCUGAGAAUCCUGAGGAAGACAAGGUAAAACUGGGAGAGCCAGGUUGGAAGGAGAGGUAUUAUGAAGAAAAGUUUUCUGCAAAGACUCCCGAGGAACUUGAUAGGGUUCGCAGAGAUGUUGUAUUGAGUUACGCAGAAGGUUUGUGUUGGGUUAUGCAUUAUUACUACGAAGGAGUUUGUUCAUGGCAAUGGUUUUAUCCUUAUCAUUAUGCUCCAUUUGCUUCUGAUCUUAAAGAUCUUGGACAGUUGAAUAUAAGCUUUGAACUUGGAUCUCCAUUCAAACCAUUUAAUCAGCUGUUGGGAGUAUUUCCUGCUGCAAGUUCCCAUGCACUUCCUCAGCAGUACAGGAAAUUGAUGACUGAUCCAAAUUCGCCUAUCAUUGAUUUUUAUCCAGCUGAUUUUGAAGUGGAUAUGAAUGGGAAGAGAUUUGCUUGGCAGGGUAUUGCCAAAUUGCCGUUCAUUGAUGAAGCUCGUCUUCUUGCAGAGGUUGCAAAAAUCGAGUAUACUUUAACGGAUGAAGAAGUUCGGAGAAACAGUACAAUGUAUGACAUGCUUUUUGUGGCACUAUCUCACCCUCUAUCUCCAUACAUAUUUUCUCUGGAUGAUCGUUGUAAGCAGUUGGAUGACAAAGAACGAACUCAAAUAAAGGAGCAAAUUGAUCCUGGGGCCAGUGGUGGGAUGAAUGGUUAUAUAUCUCUUUGUGCUGGAGAUCCAUGCCCAACAAUAUUCAGAUCACCGGUUGAGGGAAUGGAAGAUAUUAUGGACAAUCAAGUGAUAUGUGCUAUUUACAUACUUCCAGAUGCUCAUAAUCAUAUUGCACAUCCUCCUCCAGGAGUUAAACUUCCGAAAAAGACUGUCUCAUUUGGGGAUCUAACGCCUGAGCCUGUUCUGUGGCACGAAGAUUCUGGAAGGAAGCCCUGGGAAAAUAAAAGGAAUAACCCCCCAGGAGCCAUUUCUGGAAGGCAGUUGGGUGAUGCUGCACAUCGGCUUGUAGCAAAUAGCUUACAGAUAAAGAAAGAUAGAAAUGUUGAUGGAGAUCACUAUGGUCAUCCUCCGUAUGUCACUACACAUGGCCCAGCGUUUCAUCCAAACCAAACUCUUAGACACCAUGGUCAGGAACAGUACAGAAUGGUGCCGCCAGCUUAUCCUGAAGGUCGCCAUAUGUUACCAAAUUCUGUUCCGGGGCACAGUCAAUAUGAUCGUUCUUAUAACCAACCCUAUGCUUCAUCAUCAACACGCCAUCCUAACAAUUGGCAUCGUCCUCCAUUGGAUCAGAGUAGGGAUUAUCCUCCACAAGUAUAUCACUCCCAAGGAUCACAUCAAAAUAGGCAUGUAUAUCAACCACGUGGCCCUCUUCAUGCAGUCCAAGCACCACCUCCAAUUGCAGCUGGUGUUCCGUUUUAUCAACAAGUCGGAUAUCAAGCAUAUGGUGGUGCCAAUUAUCAUCACCAGAAUGGGGGCCCACCCACAGUAAACCCAAGAGUAGGCAGAGAUUAUGGUCGUCAUCAACAAUUUGGCAACCAGUUCUCAGCAUUAGACAUUAGUAGAGGAGUUCGAAGGCCACCACCGCCACCUGGUUACCGCCGUUAACAUGGGGACUGUGCAUGAGCCAGUGACAGUUGAAUUGUUGUAAAAUUAAAUUAGUAAUGCCAGAUCUCUAUUUUUAUACAGAUUAAAGUAUAAAUCGACCCAGAUCAACUCUUGGGCAGAAUGAGUGUUACUUGUAAUGCCAUCUUGUUCAGUAUACAAAACAGCGUAGGCCAUUUGACAUGAUCAUAUACUAAGUCUUUGAUUUCCUGCAGAA